AAUCCGCUCUGUUUUUCCGAUGCAGCAGGACUGCGGGGGGCGUGCCGACAGAGACGGGCUUCUCCACCGGUCUGCUGUGGCUAGAAACACUCAGGAAAUGAGAAAAGUGUUUUUAAAAUUUGUGUGAAACGGAUUUCUUUUCCCUAAACGGGCUGUGCGCUUGUGUUCGGUUUGUCGCUGACGGCGUUCACCGCGUUUCCAAAUGAACUGCACCAGAGUUUUGCACAUCUUGAACCCCAGGCCGAUGCCAUCUCCAAUCAUGCCUGUGGAUGUGGCCAUGAGGAUCUGCCUGGCACAAUCUCCACCCCUCCGCAGCUUCCUAAGUUCAUAUGAGGACUGCAAGUCCAGAAACCUGAUCAACCAGUACAAGCCACUGAGACCCUGCAUCAGCUCCAAGGCCAAGGUGGAGGCCACCACCCGGGGGUGGAAGAGUCCUAAGGGCAAAGCCAAGAAGAGGGUGGUCUUCGCAGACUCCAAGGGCUUGUCCCUCACAGCAAUCCAUGUGUUCAAGGAGUUUGAAGAGGACCCUUUGUCCGAAUUGCAGUUUGAGUUAUUGGACUUGGAGAACGCCAUGGUGGGCUUGAAGGUGGAGAAGGAGAACAGUUUGGUUUUGGACUUCCCUCAGCCCGCUGCAGACUACCUGGACUUCCGGAACCGUCUCAAGAAACACUUGGUAUGUUUGGAGAACUGUGUAAUCCAAGAUAAAUCUCUCACAGGCACUGUGAAAGUGAGCAACAUCAGUUUCGAGAAGUCUGUUCAGGUCCGGAUAACGUUUGACUCCUGGAAAAGCUACACGGACGUUCCUUGUGCCUACAUGAACAAUGUUUAUGGUUGCGCAGAGAUCGACACCUUCUCCUUUGCUAUUGACCUGCCGAGUUCUUUGCCCCCUGAAGAUCGUGUGGAGUUCUGCAUAUCCUACAAAACACAUGACCAGACACACUGGGAUAAUAAUGAUGGGAAAAACUACAGGUUAAUACAUGAGGAUGAUGACGGGGACCACUCCAGCCAUGUCACUCAGACAGCAUCUGAAAUCGAGAGCCCUGGUAAAAGGCCAGAGAUGGAGUUUGAUCAGUUUGGGAGCCCAAGGACAUCCAGUGGCUUUUUUCCAGAGUGGCAAAGCUGGGGUCACAUUGAGAACAACACCCCCUACUGGUGAGGCCAUUUUGCCACACGCCUGCUAACAAAGCCACAGGAAGUUCUAUGGGUAGCAUCUGUGUUAAGAGGAAAUGGUUAAAAAAAAAAAAAAACAGUUCCUGGCUCCAUCUGAGUUGUCAGAUGUAUAGCUACAAUAUAAAUCUAAUAAAUAAUUUAAAUAUAAAAUAUUAAAAACCACCAGUUCUUGUUAAAUUGAACACUAAGCCCAUCAAAAUGUGAGCCCUUAUUGGCUGUGUUCCUGAUUCGACAAUGGAAAUGUGAAAUUUCAUGAUUAGUACAUAGGUAAACUUUUCGUUGGUUUGAGCCCAGAGAUUAUUUUAACACCCUACACUGGCAAGGUGCUCAACUUGAGAUGAUGCUUAAUGGUUUUUUGUUUUUCCUAAUUCUGCUGUGCACUAAAGCACUUAGAUUUGAAAUGUUCUAAACUGAUUGUUGUUAACAUAAAUUGCCUUCCUUCGUGAUUCUGAUUGUUAGUCUGAUUGUGGGGGGAAAAAAUGGCAUUAGCUAUUCAGUAAGCGCCGUCUUUAACAAGGGCAAAUUUCUCCUCUUCAAAAGAGACUAUUGUGCAAUUGUUUCCUUCCAAUAGAUUUUUUUUUUUCUUCUGUUUUUAAAUGCUUAUUUUGUGAACUUGAAGAUCAGUGUACAACAUUGACCGAAAUAAUCAGUCUUGUCCUAUGGCUACUCUGAAGCACUGCAUUUAACUAAGGGGGAAUUAUCUCCUGCUUUUGUAAUGUGGUUAUUCUUAUGGAGGGGUUUUUGCACUGUGCAAGAUGCCUUUAAACUGAAGAAUGUGAAAGUGGAAUAAUGUGGUACAACAUGAAGUUGCUUCAUAUUGAAGUUUGUGUUUUUUGUAGUACCAUUUUAUUGGCCACUUUCCAGGAGAAGCAAUAAUCAGAAACUAAUGCAUUAUCGAAAUCAGUCAGAUAGUGUUGGCCAUUAAAUGUCAUUCUUUUUUUCAUGCACAUUUUCCUACAACUGUUCAUUUUUUAAUAUAUGUAAAGCUAAGUUGUACAUUCACUGCUUUUUUUUUUUUUUUUUUUUUUUUCCUUUCUUGCUGUUUCUCUGCCUCCAUGUUUGCUGCUGUGGUUUAGUUUAAGCGUUUCGCUGCUUUGUUUCAUAGGCCCAUGGUAUGUGAACUCUCCUGGCACUUGGGAUGAAUGAUGAGGGGAAAGUGAAUGUUAUUUAAUGGAAGUGAUGGUAAGUUUAGCUGGGCAGGCAGAAGUCUGUGGAGCAGGAUAUUGAAUGAGAUUGAAUGAUGACUUCUUGCCUUUUCUUGUGCUUGUUUCUUCUCUGUCUUCCAAUGGAGAAAAGAAAUGGUCUGGUCAACUUGAAUGUGAGUGAAUUUUUAUUUUUUUUUGGUGGGGAGGGUGGGUAUGGUUGGCCUACUGCUUGCUGCUGUUUAUUUCAGAGAUGCAAUAGGUAUGUUGAAUGUAUAAAAAGGCUGUGCAAACUAUGGUGUAGGCCUAAUGUUUUUACAGCACAGAAGGUUGUCUAUCUGAGAGUAUUUACAGUGUUCUGUGUUCCUUUUAGAAAUAAAACCUAAUGUUUCUACUGUGAAA